AUGGUCUCUAUCACGUGCAUGGUAGCUCCAGCAUCGGCGGCGCGGUCCCCGCCGUCGGUCGACGCGGUGCAGAGCAUCUCCCUGCAGAAGAGGGAGGUCACCGAGGCGGACGUACGCGGUAUGGGCGCGUGGGCGAGACAACGGGCCGUGCAGUUCGAUAUAAGCGGGAUGGCGAAUGCGACAAGACCCGAGGAAAUGGCUGACCUUCUGGCGGUGCCGUCGUCGACGGCGGUGCGGCUGAGCAACUACCUCAACAUGCAGUUCUUCGGCACCGUCAGCAUCGGCAACCCGCCGCAGCGCUUCUCCAUGCUCUUCGACACCGGCUCCUCCGACACCUGGGUGCCCUCCAAUACCUGCCGCACCAACAUAGCGUGCUACACGCACAACCGCUUCAACAGCUCCAAGUCCAAGACCUUCAAAACCACUGGGCGCACGGUGUACAUAACGUAUCUUUCGGGCAAGGUGAAGGGCGCGCAGGGCACGGACACCGUCACUGUUGGCCGCAUCAAAGUCGCCAACCAGGCCAUCACAGAGGCGACGUGGCUGCCAGGGUCGGCGAACCUGGGGUCGCGGUUCGAUGGCAUUGUGGGGCUGGGUCCCAUCAAAGCCGCCAAGCACCGCACCAACCCCCUGUGGAAGACGAUGCAGGAGCAGGGCCUGCUGCCGAAGCCGCUCUUCUCCUUCUGGAUGAACCAGAACGGCGGCAGCAAGGCGGGCGGCGAGGUGAUGUUCGGGGGGAUCAACCCCGCGCGCUUCUCUGGCUCGCACACCUUCACACGCGUCGUGGGCUCUGGCAGAUACUGGAACAUUCGGAUGGGCAAGGUCAAGAUGGGAGCGAUGACCAUUGCCACGUGCAGCAGUGGCUGUGACGCAGUGCCUGACACCGGCACAUCACUCAUCAUCGGGCCCACUGCAGCCAUCCAUCAGAUCUACUCUCAAAUGGGCAUCUCCAUGUGCUCCUCUCCUCCGUGUGCAGUGCCGUGCACCCAAGUGCCCGCGCUGCCACCACUCUCCUUCACCAUAGAGGGGCGCACAUUCACGCUGUCACCGCGCCAGUACGUGCUGCAGGUCGCACAGCCCAGCGACCCGCGCUCAGGGGGCGGCAGGAGUGGCGGCACGGCGUGCUUUGCGGCGUUCGUGGGCAUGGACUUUGCCAUCUCGCCCAAUGGCCAUGCGUG